AUGUCUCGCUCCCCGAUACUCUCCCGCUUCCCGCUAACGAAUGACAUCCAGCCGGUCCAGGCACUGCUUGGGAAACUGCGGAUGGAAGGGUUUACCAAGCCGUUGUCUCAGUACACUUCUAUCGGCCUAAACGGACGGAUUGUGAGAGCGCUCGAUGGGGCGAGGCGACAGGAUUCGUCGCCAGCGCGAAAAAUGAAGCUCUCGCCGGAAAAGGCAUAUCUUCACCUCGAGAUCCGGAUAGCUGGUAACGACGACUGCAAGUCACACACCGUCAUCUCUGGUGUCUUGGCUCAUCUGGAUCGCAAUCCCCCCGACUGCGGUGGCGUCUACAAUGACCACAACACGCCCUACUUCCUGGCGAAUAUGAACACGUCUGGAGGAAGCUCUGGUAGCCCGGUAUAUAAUAUCGAUGCGCAAGUGGUCGCUCUCAAUGCGGUGGUGGAAGGUGGCCCCUCGUUUGACAAAUUGCGCACAGGCAACAUUUUGUUCAACAUCAAUGGCCAGUUUGUCGAUAGCUUACUCAAGCUGGACGAGAUUUUCGACGAAAUUGUCUGA